UUCAAACGUUGAAAAUAGAUGGUUAUAUUCUUCUUUUCUGUUCAUUGCACAAUUCUCUAUUUUCAGCAAUUUGUAUACGUGCAGACCCAUUAAUUUUAUUCUGAUCUGGCUACGUGUCAUCCAGAACUCACCGACAAUCAAUUGUGCCCGCUAUCGAUUUCGAGACAUUGCUGCCCCUCCCUCAGCCAGUGGAGAGGGCACAUCGAUAUUCUCAACUGGCUUCAAGUGAAUGCUGUCUGAUCAAAUACAAAGUUCUUUCAACGAGACUGAAUUGCAUUCAUGAGUGACCUUCAGCGAUCAUUUGUCAAGGCCAAGCUCGCACGUCUCCCUCCGGAAGCGCCCAUGUCUCCAGAGCCCUUAAGAGAAGGCCACGAGGACGGCGAAUCACUUGACACGUUGGGAAUACUACACCACGAUCCUCACGACGACGAUGCUUCAUCGGCCUCAUCGGCCUCUUCGACUGGUACUAUCAAACCCUUAGCCAGCAGGAAUCUUUUUGCACGACCUGGAGGGGCUUCAAGCAAAAAGUCUCAGGACCAACUCCCUUGGAGCGACUUUUUCGAGCAAGAAUUGUACCUCGAGGGCAGCUUUGAUAAGGAAAAUAUCACCUAUCAUGUAUAUCUCACGCCUCCUGCAGCUUCUGGACCCCUCUUUGUUACCCAUCAUGGUGCUGGAUCGUCCGGUUUGUCAUUUGCUGUAUUCGCAUCGAUAGUCCGCAAAAUGUUACCCUCAGCUGGAAUUUUAUCCGUGGAUGCACGAGGCCAUGGUGAAACAGUGGUCCAUACGAAAGUACCACGAGAUCCUAGCCAGCCGCCAAUUGAUUACAGUUUGUCUACGCUGAGUAAGGAUCUACUGCAAGUCUUGGAGCUAUGCAAAGAAAAAAUGGAUUGGAAGGAGCAACCUUCCAUGAUCUUAGUGGGCCACAGUCUAGGAGGGGCGGUCGUCACCGAUGUCGCCAAAACCGGAGAGUUGGGAGAUAAACUACUGGGCUAUGCUGUGCUUGACGUUGUUGAGGGAUCGGCAAUGGAUGCUCUUCAGAGUAUGCAAACAUAUCUUUCUUCUCGGCCGCCAGCUUUCCCGUCAAUAGCUUCCGGAAUUGAGUGGCAUACACGUUCUCGAACCAUCCGCAAUCCUACAUCUGCACGUGUCUCUGUGCCAUCGCUUCUUCGUCGAGAUGCCGACCCUAAUGCUCCUCGUCCUUGGAUAUGGCAUACGGAUCUUUCUGCUACACAGCCGUUUUGGGAGAAUUGGUUCAUCGGCCUGAGCAAGAAAUUCCUCGAGGCCAAGGGCGGAAAACUUCUGUUACUGGCUGGUACUGACCGGCUCGACAAAGAACUUACGAUUGGACAGAUGCAAGGUAAAUACCAACUUCAAGUCUUUCCUGAAGCAGGCCACUUUAUUCAGGAAGAUUUGCCAGAGCGGACAGCCGCUUUGGUGGUUGAGUUCUACAAGCGCAAUGACCGCUCCACGCUUGUUUUGCCACCAAAGGUAGCCGAUAUUCUGAAAGCUAAACAGCAGCAGCAGCAGAAACAAUAAGCAUUAUGGUGCCCUUAUUAGUAAAGAGUAUAAUCUAGAAGUACCCCUGAAAUUUCAUUGCAAAACUCGUCGACUGUUAAUAGUCGGAGAUAUCAUUUCUUGCCCCAGCGGAGUUCUCUGGGUCUCCAAAAUAGAAAGCUGCAGUUACAAGAUGUAUGAAUCAUGUUACUAUAGAAAAAAAUUCUACGCGCCU